AUGGUGAUUGCUGGGCCGACCGAUUAUUCGCCAAUGCGCGCUGGCGCUGUGUCGGUUGUGUACGGAAUGCCACCGCCUGCCUCCGGAACAGGGACCAUGGCGACGGGCCCCCCAACACUUCCUGCUUCGAAGCCCGAGACAGAAUACGCUGGAAACCUUCCUCGCCCUGCACCGUCGUUUCCCAAGGCGCCGGCGUUUCGGCGUGGCGACGGUGGUCGCCCGGCUCCUGUGCUUCCUCCCGUCGCGCCGCCUGUCCCUCUCGCUGCGCCAACUGCUGCGUCUGCUCCGCUUGGCGCUCUUCAAGCUGCCGACCCCGCCGCUCCGUCUGUGGCCGCCGAGCGGGCGAUUGUUGGUGGCGGCGUGCUGGCCCAGUCGGAGGGGUCCGCCACCACUGACGUCCUGGACCAGCCGGCGCUCCCCGGCUCUCCGGCUCCCCCGUCUGCACUGUCUCCGGCGCUUGUGCCUCCUCUGCCCGUGCUGGCGGGAUCUGUUCCUGCACCGCCUGUGGCUGCGCCUCCCGCGCCUCCUGUGGCUGCACCUCUCGCACCGCCUGUGGCCGCUCCUUCCGCGCCGCCUGAAGCUGCUCCCCUUGCGCCGCCUGUGGCUGCUCCGCCGGCGGCGGGUCUGUCCGCGCCGCCCGUGGCCGUUCCCAUUGCUCCGCCGGUGGCAAAUCCCCCUGUGCCGUCUGCACAGCGUCCGCCGUCUCCUGGUCGUCGUCAGCAGCGGCCUCAAUCCCCUGCGCGGCAGGACGAGCGCGAGACGUCCCGGCGCCGACACAAUUCCCCUCGUCGCCGCGGGGGGCCCGUGACUGUGCAAUAUCCGUCCUUGCUGCCUGUGGAUCCCCCUCCCCCGUCCGUGGGUGCGGCGCACCUGUUCCAGGCACUGCUGGGGCCUCAGCGCACGGUUUCGGUUCCCGAGGUGACCCUUGGUCAGAUCUGGCGUCUCUCGGAGGCUGUGCGGGUUGUACAUCUGGUGCAGGUGUAUGGUCACGCCACCCUUUCCCAGGGCGACUCACUGGUGGGCGGCCCUCGGGACGAUUGUCUUGUGGCGGCUGAUCGUCUCGCAGAGCUGCUAGCGCCCGUGUUGGCUGCGCCCGCGCAGGGUGGGCUUGCGGGGGUCGGGCCGCUGGGUUCGGCCGUGCGUAGGCUGCGCCGCCUGUUGCAUACAGGGACUGGAUCCGGGGCGAUCGCCGCAGGCACGGUGCUGGUGCGUGAGCUGCAUCGCACGAUGUCGGGGCUGCUUGCUGUGUAUGACGCGGAUCAGAUGUAG